AUGGAUUCUACAAAUAUUAUCAUUCCAUUUGAUUAUCCAUUUGCUAUUUUGGAACAUCGUCAUAAUUCUGAUCCAAAUAAUAAACUUGUUUAUGCUGUUGCUGAUGGUCAAUACACAUAUGGUCCACUUUCAUUAUAUCAAUAUCAUAAUGAUGAAAAAUAUUCUAAAACAAUUCGAGCCGAUGAAUUACCACCAUCGUUAUCAUGCAAAGAAUAUUAUAUCGUUGAAUCAGGUUUUUCAACUGAUGAUGCAAUUGAAAUAAUUGAUGAAAAUCGUGGACUUAUAUAUGUUAAAGAAAUUAUAGCAACUGAUGAUGAUGAAAAUGAUGAUUCUAUUGUAACGAUUGAUCAAGAGCCUGAACAAGUUCACAUGAAAGAACUAUUUAAAGAAAUGACUGAAUGUAAAAAUGAAAUUCGAAGUCUUAAAUCUAUUGUUUUAUCAGAAAAUCGUUUUAUGAAACGUCGAUCAACUUCAACAGAUUCACCUGGUUUUCGAAAUAUAGAAAAUAAUGGAAAAUGGAUUCGUGGUGGUGCUGGUAAUCGUUCAGCUAAUACUGGACAUAUGUCAGAUGAUGGUGGUGUAUCAACACCUUUACGUUAUACGAAAACAACUGGUAUUCGUAAACCAUACCAAGUACAAUCAUCAAUUGUUCAACGUAGUGUAUCAGCAACAUUAUCAAAUAAAAAUGUUUUAACACCAUUACGAAAUAAAACAACAAUGUCAUCAGUAACAGCAAAAUAUACAACACCAAUGAGUACAACAAUAUCAACAAAUAAAAGAGUUGUUUUAAAAAAUGUUAAGUCAUCUGGUUAUGGACAAUUUACAACAAUUAAUAAUACAACAACAACUAUUAAAAAACAGCAACAACAAUUACCUGCAGUUGCUACACCUGGAAGAUCCUUUAGAAAAUAA